AUGUUAAAAAACCUCACGUGUAAGCAAGAAAAGCUAACAGUAACACUCACGGUUCUUGGAAUUGAAGUGGGGCCUAAGGCAGACACAUCUAAACAAACAAUUUUACAUGUGACACGAAAUGAUGUCGACAGGAAAACUGCAAUCGAAGUGAAUAAACCAAUGAGUUAUUCAGUAUCUUUUACUGGGACAUUUUUUGUGUCGAAAGACUCCGUCAAAGAAAAAGACCUGACACUGACACUCUUUCUCAAAUCCGACCCCAAAGUUUGUGGGUCAGCUGUUGUUAACGUUUCUGAAUAUGUGAAUCAACUUGAGGUGGCCCAGAACUUUUCCAGACGAAUUUUGUUCUUUGGGGCGAUGUACACUUUAAAGUUACAAAUCACCAUUGCGCCACUUGGUGGUGCUUCACUUUCAGCUUUGUCUCAAAACACAACACAACCAAGAUGUCCAUCUAUCAGAAAUAGUUCCCCUCGUACUCCCUUGAAAAUUGAAUUGCGGCAAACUCGUUCUUCAAGUACACUAACCACUUCAACUGUUUCAAGAGACGAAGGUAUGGUACGUGGACUUUUAUCUCCACGAUUCAAAAAUUUGGAAUUGUCAGAGUCCCUCAGUGAUCCACAAACAAGUCCACAUAAUACGCCUGGGCCAAGAACACCACGUGGUAUAUCUACUCACAACUCAUCAUCUUCAAUGGCUCGAGUCAUCAGAACAAACAAAACACCAGGACUGGAAGACUAUAUGAAUAGACAAGUAUCACCAGUCAAUGAACACGUAACAACUUUUUUGAAAGAUUUGGACAGUUUUGAUAAUAUUAUGAUUUUGGACGAAAAUUGGAAAACAUCGAAAACGCCGUUACUUUUUCAAAUAGUGUGGACAACAAUUAAAAGCAACAAACUACUCGACAACAAUUUUAACAUAUUAACAAAGGCGCUCCUGCAGUUGUCUCAUAAAUGUAAAGACGACUUUUUACCACCAAAAACACUCGGGUAUUUGUGUUCUACAUUGUGUUGGGUCGGAUCGUUUUUGGUCCAGUCGCUCGAGAACGAACGAAAUGAAAAGGCGCAAAGUGCACUUGAAACAACUAAGAGUGGGAUAGUUGAGUGCUUUGUUGUGAUGUUUGACAGAUUUUCAAAAACCGUUCAAAAUGAAACAAAAAAAUGGUUGACUCAACAAGAGAACGCUGAAAUACUUGUAAAUGUCACAGAAAAGCUCAUUGUCACGACUGAAUUAUGCUACUUCCCACGUGAUAUAUUUGAAGAGAUAUUGGGUGAAAUAGAAAAAAUCCUCAACACGGAGAUUGUCAAUGUUAUUGUAGAUGGCGAAGAAACCACUGAGGAGACUGGUUUAUACUGUCAGUUAGCUAUUGGGCAAAUGCAAGAGAAAUUCUACAAACGAAAAUUUAAUGCAGACUUUGUGUUGAUCAAAGAACUGAGUUCUAUUUUGAUGUUACAAAAUAAAGACGUUUUAGGGCAACCAGGGGCGAAUGAGAUUUGUCCACACUUUUCCAACGAGUUGUUGUAUAAAAUCCUUUUGAAUUUGCAGAAGAAACAAAAGGGUGACAAAAUCAAGGCGGAGUUACUCAACAAAUUACAACGUGAAAGGGGAUACAUGACUUUUUAUAAUAACAUUUUCAUUCUCACCAAAAAAGAGAAGCUUGGGAAUGUACUUACAAUUUCACAGAAAGAGUCCGAGGUGUUGUUACCAUUAUCUGAAAUUGAACUACGGUUCAAAGAAAGAAAGUAUCUCGAGGAAAAUGUAUUUAACUAA